GACGGGGCUAGAGAAGGUGGCCACCGGCCCCAGCGCUCUGGGCGAGAGAGGCGGGUGCGGAGGCAGGAAGGGGAGGAGGACAGAGAGGGCUGACCCAGCCAACCGGUGCUCUGGCGGCGCUGGGCGGGGCCGGAGCCAGUCCGCCCUCGCGCAGGUGAGCGAGCCUGGGCGGGGCGAGCGCAGCGGGUGCCAGGCUCGGGCGCCCGCUGCCGCUGCUCCUAACCACCCGCCACAGUCGCUUUCCCCGCCGCGGCGGAGGCGCCCCGCAGCCAUGGCCGGCCUGAACUUUGGGGUCACGGUCGCAGUGCUAGGGGUUCUGCUGCUGAGUGCUUCGCGUCUGUCCAGCGGAGUGGAAGUUUAUGAGAUUGCCCUGCCACAUGGAAGCGGCAUUACAGUUUUCAUAAAGCCCGGGACCCCGACUCUGCCCAUGAAGCUCUGUCAUAUCAUCAGUUCUAGAAGAAAGGAAACCACGUUGUCCAUCAAAAGUGGAGAUAAAAUCGUCUUUUAUUUUAGCUGCCAGGAUCCAGAGAAUCACUUUGUCAUCGAGAUCCAGAAGAACAUAGACUGCAUGGCAGGCCCAUGUCCUUUUGGGGAAGUGCAGCUUCAGCCCUCAACAUCAGUGUUGCCCAGCCUCAAUAGGACCUUCAUCUGGGACGUCAGAGCUCACAAGAACAUUGGCCUAGAGCUGCAGUUUUCCCAUCCACGCCUGAGGCAGAUUGGGCCCAGGGAGAGCUGCCCUGAUGGAGUCUCUCACAGCAUCAGCGGCCGAAUCGACACCUCGCUGGUCAGGAUUGGAACCUUCUGCCGCAACGGCACUGUGUCCCGGAUCAAGAUGCAAGAGGGAGUGAAAAUGGCCUUGCACCUGCCAUGGUUCCACGACAGAAACAUCUCCGGCUUCAGCAUCGCAAACCGGUCGUCUAUAAAACGCCUGUGCAUCAUCGAGUCUGUGUUUGAGGGUGAAGGCUCAGCUACCCUGAUGUCUGCCAACUACCCAGAUGGCUUCCCCGAGGACGAGCUCAUGACGUGGCAGUUCAUCAUCCCUGCACACCUGCGGGCCAGUGUCUCCUUCCUCCACUUCAACGUCUCCAACUGUGUGAAGAAGGAGGAGCGGGUGGAGUACUAUAUCCCAGGCUCCACCACCAACCCCGAGGUGUUCAAGCUGGAGGACAAGCAGCCUGGGAACAUGGCCGGGAACUUCAACCUCUCUCUGCAGGGCUGUGACCAAGACGCCCAAAAUCCAGGCAUCCUCCGGCUGCAGUUUCAAGUUUUGGUCCAACGUCCACAAGAUGAAAGCAAUAAAACCUACGUGGUUGACUUGAGUAACGAGCAAGCCAUGUCGCUGACCAUCGAGCCACGGCUCAGCAAACAGAGCCGCAAGUUUGUCCCUGGCUGCUUCGUGUGUCUGGACUCUCGGACCUGCAGCACUAACCUCACCCUGACAUCUGGCUCCAAACACAAGAUCUCCUUCCUUUGUGAUGAUCUGACGCGCCUGUGGAUCAAUGCUGAGAAAACCAUAACCUGCAUGGACCACCGCUACUGCCACAGGAAGUCCUACUCGCUCCAGGUACCGUGGUACAUCCUCCAGCUGCCUGUGCAGCUGCAUGACUUCUCCUGGAAGCUGCUGGUGCCCAAGGACAGCCUCAGCCUGGCCCUGGUGCCAGCCCAGAAGCUGCAGCAGCACACACACGAGAGGGCCUGCAACACCAGCUUCAGCUACCUCCUGGCCAGCGCCGUCCCAGGCCAGGAGCUUUACUUUGGCUUCUUCUGCUCUGGAGGCUCCAUCGAGCAGAUUCAGGUGAAGCAGAACGUCUCAGUGACCCUCCGCACCUUUGCCCCCAACUUCCAGCAAGAGGCCUCCAGGCAGAACCUGACUGUGUCCUUUAUCCCCCACUUCAAAGAGGAAGGUGUUUUCACAGUGACCCCAGACACGAAAAGCAAGGUCUACCUGAGGACCCCUAACUGGGACCGGGGCUUGCCGUCCCUCACCUCAGUGUCCUGGAACAUCAGCGUGCCCCGCGACCAGGUGGCCUGCCUGACCUUCCUCAAGGAGCGCACCGGUGUGGUCUGCCAGACAGGGCGCGCCUUCAUGAUCAUCCAGGAACAACGGGCCCGGGCUGAGGAGAUCUUCAGCCUUGAGGAGGAGGUGCUGCCCAAGCCAAGCUUCCACCAUCACAGCUUCUGGGUCAACAUCUCCAACUGCAGCCCUGCGAGUGGGAAGCAGCUAGACCUACUCUUCUGGGUCUCGCUUAGCCCAAGGACUACGGACCUGACUGUCAUCAUCAUCGCAGUGGUGGGAGGUGGCGCCUUACUGCUGUUUGCCCUCGGACUCAUCAUUUGUUUUGUGAAGAAGAAUAGGAAAAAGAAGAUCACCAAGGGCCCGGCUGUGGGUAUCUACAAUGGUAACGUCAAUACCCAGAUGCCGAUGCAGCCAAAAAAGUUUCAGAAGAGACGGAAGGACAAUGACUCCCAUGUGUAUGCCGUCAUCGAUGACACCAUGGUGUAUGGGCACCUGCUGCAGGAUGCCAACGGGUCCUUCCUCCAGCCUGAGGUGGACACCUACCGGCCCUUCCAGGGCCCCACAGGGGACCGCCCACCCUCCCCACCCCCCAUAUGCUCCAGGGCCCCGACUGCAAAGUUGACCACAGAGGAGCCAUCCCCUGGCUUCCUUCCUGAGUCUGAGAGCGAACCGUAUGCCUUCUCCCACCCCAAAGAUGGGAAUAUAAGCAAUGGGAACACUGACACCCCCUUGCUGGAUGCCCACAAGCCCACGGAGCCUGGGGAAUAACUUGGACCUGCCCCAGAGACUUUGCAUAAAGCAGGGCACGGAGAUGCCCUUUAGGGUUCCCAAAAAGAAACCCCAAAGGAGAGGAAUGACAUGGAAGGACAGCAGGAGGCACCUCCAACUUCUGAUUUCCAAGUGGACUCAUUCCGAUGUUGAGAUGUUGAGAAUGAUGAAUUGUGAUCUGGAUACAGCCGUCACAGUGCAUGUCUUUCUAAACUCAGGAUGGGUUGAAACCAGCUCGGGAUGAGAAGGGAGAGGCUGAGUCGCCCAGGACAGGGUCCCAGCGAGCCCUGGAUUUGAGUUUGGAUUUAGACUGCUUCUGGUUGACAAUUCUGAUCCCUUGGAGCCCACCUGAGUUCCCGCUUUCACUGGGGUCCCCUGGAUGAAAAUGUUAAUGUGCUUUUUAUUAUUAUUAUUAUUUAUUUGGUGGUCCUGUGUAUUUAAGAAGUCGAGUGGAUAGCCAUGUAGCUCUUUUCACCUGACAUAGUGACAACUCAUGCUAAAUGGUUAGAUGGCUGGAUUCUGACUUCUGACCACUAGAUAAACAUGUGCUCGUCCCCUGGGAGGUAGGAAUAAUUUGCCGUCUGUUCAGCCAGAAAAGGGUGUGUCUUUGAGGACCCUGACACACAUCUGCUUUGAUAAGAGACUUUCUGGUUCUCUCUCUGAAUCUGGUUAUCCCACUGCAGAAAUCCAUCUUGCGUCCCACUGUCCUUUGACCUAGAAAUAAGAGAAAUUUCCUUGAGUUGCCAUGUGCGGCUCUCGCAGCUGAGGGGAUGCUUUGACAUUUAAACAGAAAUUUACAGAGUAUUUUAAUUCUCUUACAAUGUUUAAAAAUAAACCAGAGAGUGGCCACCCAUAUUAGUUUCCUCAUGUGCCACAAAUUAGGUUGCACUUAAUAUGCUACUGCAACAAAUUGCCGCAAACAUGGUGGCUUAAAACAACACCAUUCCUGUCUUAGUGUUCCAGAGAUCAGAAGUGCAGAAUGGGUCUCACUGAGCUAAAUCAACGUGUUAGCAGAGCUUUUCUCCUUCUGGAGCCUCCAGGGGAGAAUCUGUUUCCUUGCCUUUUCCAGCUUUUUGAGGCUCCUCACAUGCCUUGCCUCUAAUGGUGGCAGUGUGACACUUUUGCUUCCCUCUUCUAUUGACAAGGAACUUUCACUUAUAAAACCCACCUGGAUAAGCCAGGAUAAUCCCCACCCCCAUCUCAAGAUCUUUAAUCACGCUGAAAAGUCCCUUUGUCCUGUAGGGUAACAUAUUCACAGGCUCUGGGGGUUAGGACAUGGACCUCUAAUGCUGCCUGCCACACCUUCCUGCCCCUGCAGGAGAGACUGCAAAAUGAUCCGUCCUACCAGUGUGUUCUUUUUAGCCUGCAGCAGCUUUUUAAAGAAUCGGUCACCAUUUAACAUUAUAAAAUAUUUACAGAAAAAUCCAGAUCAGAAGAUUCUCACAUUCUCACCAAGCAACAGCUGGCUGGAGUUGAAACGCAGCUCGUCUUUAGAGGGAGCUCACAGCAACCCUCCCCACACCCUGUUGCCUCCCUCACUGAGGCUGAACCUCUGUUGCUGUGGGUCAGCGCCCUGCAAGGUGGCUUCUCUCGUAAUGAAAUAGAAAGUUUGGGACUCGUAUCUCAUAUCAAAUAUGAGAGGCCUUGAGAGUUCCCUGGUGGCCUAGCGGUUAAGGAUCCAGUGUUGUCACUGCUGUAGCUCUGGUCCCUGCUGUCAUGCAAGCUUGACCCCCGGCCUGGGAACUUCUGUGUGCCACAGACAUAGCAAAAAAAAAAAAAAAAAAAAAAACC